UGACAUGGCUGACACUAUUCACUUUUUAAUGAUUUGUAAAGGAGAAGUAACUAAGUUACUAUGGAAGAUGUACGGGGAAUUGUGGAUCCUGCCCUGUCCUGCUUAGUGGAUCGGCGUUGUGUGACCUGUAAAAGACCUUGUCGCGAUGUAGGAUGUCACGGAACCCCAUGGAAUAAUCCUGGCGUAUAUAAGCGCGCCUGGAGCAUCAGCUGUAGACACAUCUACCUGCCAUGGAUACUCUGAACCCAUCUGCCCUGCACCUCGCCGCCCAGCAGCCUCUUACCACCCCAUCCUUGGAUCUCAACAACAUCCAGGGCGAUACUCUCGGCGGGUUACCGAAGAAGACAGAAACCUGUCUCUUCUUCCAGAUCACCAAAACCAGUUUAUUCAAGGCCCACCUCAAGCUAUUCAUUCCCCUUAUCAAGACGACCGCGCAAGUCAUCUCUGACCGCAAAGCUAUCGAUGGUCUCAAGAAGGUGACUUCUCCUGGCCAGACACCCAUUCUCCUCCCUAUGGUCGGUGUUAACAUCGCCUUCUCGCAUUUCGGUGUUGAUAAGCUUGGCAUCGCCGACGCUGACGCGCUCGGUGACUCGGCCUUCAAGACUGGCCAACUGAAAGACGCUGCUGUAAACCUGGGUGACAAACUUGGGCAUGACUCUCUUCCAGACUGGGAACCCGCUUUCAAGGAGAAGAUAGAUGCAGUCAUCCUCAUUGCCGGGGACAGCCAUCUUACCGUCAACAAGAAACUGCUGGAGAUCCAAACUCUUUUCGGCACUUCCAUCCAUGAAGUUACCCACAUCCAGGGGGAUGCCAGGCCAGGCGCAGUGUCGGCACAUGAGCACUUUGGCUUCCUUGACAAUAUAUCAAACCCAUCCGUCAUUGGAUUUGAUAAAGAUCCACCUCCGGGUCCGAAACCUGUCAGGGCGGGUGCUUUGCUUGUCGGGGAGGAAGGAGAUUCGAGGGCGGCGACUAGGCCGGGCUGGGCGAAAGAUGGGAGCUUCCUCGUCUUCCGGUACUUGUUCCAGCUCGUGCCGGAGUUUGAUGAUUUCUUGAAGAAGCAUCCAAUUACUGGCCACGGGCUUUCUCCCGAGGAUGGUAGUGAGCUGAGGGGUGCAAGGAUGAUGGGAAGGUGGAAAAGCGGUGCACCCAUCGACCUCACGCCACACAAAGAUGAUCCGGAAUUAGGCGCCGAUCCUCAGAGGUCUUUGUCGCACUCAUUCGAUACCAGGAACAACAACUUCAGGUUCCAAGGGGGGCGCGAUGACCAGUCUCGGUGCCCAUUUGCUGCCCAUGUUCGCAAGACCCUACCUCGCGCUGAUCUUGAAGACGCCAACCCUCCGAUCUCGCUUGAGAACAGACGAAUCCUCCGCCGCGGAAUCCAGUUCGGACCGGAGGUAACCCAAAGCGAGAAAGAAGAGGCAAAAACGCGGCACGAAAGAGGGUUGCUGUUUAUCUGCUAUCAGAGCAGUAUUGACGAUGCAUUCCAGUUCAUUCAGAAGAAAUGGGCAAACGAAGUCGGCUUCCCGCCAGUUGGGGAAACGCUUCCUAAGCCUGGAUUCGAUCCUAUCAUUGGGCAAGCUGGGAACGGAGGAAUCAGAACGUUGUCGGGAACUGACUUUGCUGAUCCCAAUGUUGAGAUUAACUUGACAGAUGAGUUUGUUGUUCCUCGUGGCGGCGAAUACUUCUUCUCGCCUUCUAUCAAGAGCUUGAAGAAAACCUUUACGAGAGUUUGAGCUUUUUCCUUAUUCUUCAAUGUACAGUAUCUAAUUCUCGGUCUUCACUUGUCCAAGUAGUACUUUUCCUGUUUGUACUAAGAUAUGCAGACGCUGCUAAGGAAAACAUCAGUCCUGUCAUGCCCGUUUUUUCCCGAAGUAAAAUCAUGGCAGUGUCAUAAAAUUUUCCUUAGAGUUUUCGUCUGGAGAGAAACUGAAAAGGAGCGGAAGCUUGGUGCAUCCUACGAUCGCCGACAGACAAAAUCCUCUGUUUUAC